GCGAGGGGCGGCCGGGACGGGCGCGAGGCGCUGCGGCAGCGCGAGGCUUGUAAACAGAUCCGGCCGCACGUGACCAUGUGAACUACCUGCUUCGGGGACACGUAUUGUCUCUCACGAGAGCCGCGCCACAAAGGAGCGCGGCGGAUCUGAGCGCGCAGGGGCGAGCGAGCGAGCGGGGAGAGCCGGCGGGCGCGCUAAAAUGGCUGAAGGCGCCCAGCGAGGGUGAGCAGGGGGCGCGGCGCAGCCAGCCGGUGAGUCUCGGGCGGGCAGGGCCAGCGGCGCCUCCCCCGCGGCCUGGAGCCAGAGCCACCAUGUCGUUCGCGCUGGAAGAGACGCUCGAGUCGGACUGGGUCGCCGUGCGGCCCCAUGUGUUCGACGAACGCGAGAAGCACAAGUUCGUCUUUAUUGUGGCCUGGAACGAGAUCGAGGGCAAGUUUGCAAUAACCUGCCACAACCGGACGGCCCAGCGGCAGAGGAGCGGCUCCCGGGAGCAGGCGGGGGCACGAGGGAGCGCUGAACCUGGCGCACCCGCGGCGGAUGGGACCCGCGGGCCGGGCAGCCCGGCGGGCAAGGGCCGGUCCGAGGCCACUGCCUCUUCGACUCUGGGGAGGAGUCCGGGGCCCCGGAGGAGCCCGGCCUGGGCGGAAGGCGGCUCUCCGCGGAGCGCGCGCUGCCCUAGGGGGGACCCGCUACUGAGGAGUCCGGUCAGUAAAGGGGCGGAGAGUCCUCUCCGGAGCCCAGGGCGGGCCAAGUCCAGCCCGGUCCGGAGAGGAGCUGAAGGCAAAGAUGUGGCGGGGGCCACCGCUGCAGUUGCCCCACCGGCGCCCAAGGAGGAGGCCCCGGUGUCCUCGGUGCGGGUAGUGAGCGCCUGCGGGGCGGUCUCCGAAGAGAUCGAGGUGCUGGAAUUGGUGAAGGAUGAAGCUGCGGCUCCCGCGUGCCCGGCUCUCCCAGACGCGGAGCAACCCCCGCCCGCCGCCGAGCUGGAGUCCCCGGCGGAGGAGUGCAGCUGGGCCGGACUCUUCUCCUUCCAGGAUCUGCGCGCUGUGCACCAGCAGCUGUGCUCCGUAAACUCGCAGCUGGAACCGUGCCUGCCCGUGUUCCCCGAGGAGCCCUCGGGCAUGUGGACCGUGCUGUUUGGGGGCGCCCCAGAGAUGACCGAACAGGAGAUCGACACUCUGUGUUACCAGCUCCAGGUCUACCUGGGCCACGGCCUGGACACCUGCGGCUGGAAGAUCCUCUCCCAGGUACUCUUCACCGAGACCGACGACCCCGAGGAGUAUUACGAAAGCCUUAGCGAGCUGCGUCAGAAGGGCUACGAAGAAGUGCUUCAGCGGGCCAGGAAGCGCAUCCAGGAGCUCUUGGAUAAGCACAAGAAUACAGAGAGCAUGGUGGAGCUUCUGGACUUAUAUCAGAUGGAGGAUGAAGCCUACAGCAGUCUUGCAGAAGCCACAACUGAACUCUAUCAGUAUUUACUACAGCCAUUCCGAGACAUGAGAGAACUUGCCAUGCUAAGAAGACAGCAAAUCAAGAUUUCCAUGGAGAAUGAUUAUCUGGGUCCCCGAAGAAUUGAAAGUCUUCAAAAAGAAGAUGCUGAUUGGCAACGGAAAGCUCACAUGGCUGUGCUAUCUAUCCAAGAUCUUACUGUCAAAUAUUUUGAAAUAACUGCUAAAGCUCAAAAAGCUGUGUAUGAUCGAAUGAGAGCAGAUCAGAAGAAAUUUGGUAAAGCAUCAUGGGCAGCAGCUGCUGAACGUAUGGAAAAACUCCAGUAUGCUGUUUCUAAGGAGACUCUACAAAUGAUGAGAGCCAAAGAGAUAUGUUUGGAACAGAGGAAACAUGCAUUAAAAGAGGAGAUGCAGAGUUUACAGGGUGGUACAGAAGCCAUAGCCCGAUUAGAUCAGUUAGAAGCUGAUUAUUAUGAUCUGCAACUUCAGUUGUAUGAAGUACAGUUUGAGAUCUUGAAGUGUGAAGAGUUACUAUUGACAGCACAACUGGAAAGCAUCAAAAGACUUAUAUCAGAAAAGAGAGAUGAAGUGGUGUACUAUGACACUUACGAAAGCAUGGAAGCCAUGCUGGAGAAGGAAGAGAUGGCAGCAUCUGUGCAUUUACAGAGAGAAGAGCUACAGAAACUUCAGCAGAAGGCACGCCAGCUAGAAGCAAGACGUGGACGGGUUUCAGCCAAGAAAGCCUACCUCAGAAAUAAAAAGGAAAUUUGUAUUGCAAAACACAACGAAAAAUUCCAGCAGCGCCUUCGGAGUGAAGAUGAAUAUAGAACCCAUCAUACAAUACAACUAAAAAGAGAAAAAUUACAUGAUGAAGAAGAAAGAAAAAGUGCCUGGGUUAGCCAAGAAAGACAGAGAACAUUGGAUAGACUUCGAACUUUUAAACAGAGGUACCCUGGCCAAGUUAUUCUGAAAUCAACCAGGCUGCGACUGGCUCAUGCAAGAAGAAGAAGUGCGGCCAGUCCUGUGCCCUGUGAGAACCAGUGUGACUCUCUACCAGGAGCACUACAGGUAGAAGAGAAAAGUGAGGGGGUAGAGGAAGAAAAAGGCAAGUUUGGGUCAUCACAGAUAACAGAGGCCCAAAUCCUCGCACAACCUGAUCCUUCAUUAGCACAACUUGAAGCCACUUCAUUACCUCUCAGUGGUGUUACCUCUGAAUUGCCUCCCACUGUCUCUCUCCCACUUAUGAAUAAUAUUGAACUUGAACCAGGUUCUGUUACCAUAGAUCCACUCCCAUCAUCUACUCCUUCCACACCACCUCCCCCACCACCACCUCCUCCCCCUCCCCCACCACCACCACCACCACCACCACUGCCUGUUGCUAAGGACAGUGCCCCAGAGACACUGGACAAAGGUCUGCCUAGAAUGGAGGGGAUUGAGAAGAGGAUCCCAAAGUCUGCAAGUGCCCCCUCGGCACAACUCUUUGACAGCAGUCAGCUGGUCAGUGCAAGGAAGAAGCUCAAAAAGACUGCUGAAGGUUUACAGAGGAGGAGAGUGAGCUCACCCAUGGAUGAGGUGCUAGCUUCCUUGAAGCGUGGUAGUUUUCAUCUGAAAAAGGUUGAACAGCGAACUCUGCCUCCUUUUCCUGAUGAAGAUGACAGUAAUAAUAUCUUGGCACAAAUAAGGAAAGGGGUAAAGUUGAAGAAGGUACAGAAGGAAGUUUUGAGAGAGUCCUUCACACUUCUACCUGACACAGACCCUCUAACACGGAGCAUCCAUGAAGCUCUUAGAAGAAUCAAAGAAGCAUCCCCUGAGUCAGAGGAUGAAGAAGAGGCUUUGCCUUGCACAGACUGGGAAAACUAACAAGUGACUUAACAGAAAGAAGAAAAAUACCUGCAGUUGAAGAUUGAUUCUUAUUCUUUUGGAAAACAAAAUUUUAAUCAUUUGGUUCCACAAUUGGAUUUCAUUAGAUCCAAAAUUGCCUCAGUGGUGUGAAAAAAAGAAGCACAAUUGGCAAGUUAAUACAUUUCCAGUCAUUCCAAUAGAUUGUGGUUAAGUUUUAGAUGUGCAAUGUUCAUGACUGCUAUGAAGAAAAUACCUUCCGGAGAGUCCUGGUUUUUUAAGCACCUUCCCUUCCUGUCCACCCAUUUACAUCCUUUUAGUGGCCAGUUAAGGUAGGGGUCACUAUGAGUUGGAAAAACACUGGGUUGACAGAGAUCUACUGUGAGCUGUAUUGAAACAGCUUUGAAAUCCAUCAGUCAGUGCACUGAUUAGUGAUCUGCUUGAAAAUAUAGAGCUUAUUCCCUAUCAGCUUAUAUAAAUAAUGUGACGCUCUGAAAGAGAAGUUUAUUGUGCUAGCUGUAGGAAAGGAAUUAAAAUCAGGUGGAAAUGCACUGAAAAUUUCCAUAUUACUCAUCUCCAAAGGAGUUUUCAUAAAGAUGUUCAACAACAUCUAAAAAGAUACAUGGAAAUACACCUUUUAAUGUGUUUACCACACGAUGAUACAUUUAACAAGGCAUAUUUUUAGAAGGCCACACACACUUAACUUUGUAAGGUUUCAAAGUAAAAUUUCCAUGCUUUUAAGUAGCUCUUCAUAAUUGUGAAUUUAUAAUAGUUUGAAUUUCAUGUGCAGCUUUGUUUUAUGGGAAGCAAUAUUUUGUAAUUUGAUAUUUCAAAUUAUUUUUAGCCUUUUGUUUGAAUUAUUGCUUGUUACUAUAACUCCACAUGACUUUCCUAUUGAGAAUCAAAAAUCAGGAUUCAGUAAUAGGGAUGCAUAUCAUAAGUCUUUCAUGUACCAUUUAAGUUUUUAUGCUCCACAGUGAAAAAAAGUGUGCUCUACAAAUAUGCAGAAAGUAGACAGAAAAAAAAAGUCUCCUUUGUUGACAUUUCACCGUCUUCACAUGCUUUAAGUACAACUUUGGGAAAGAGUCUUUGUUAUUGUCACUAAAGUUUUAAUGAUAUGUUUGUAGCUCUUAAGUGCUGAUUUUGCUGAAAGGGAGUCCUGAAGGAUGCAUUUAUAUGAAUAGAGCUGUUAGGAAUUUUCAGCAAGACUGCUGUUGGUUUGAAUGAAAAUAGAUAUAUUGGGCCCAGUUUACAGUACUCUGUAGGGUGUAAUUCUGCAUAAGACAGAUAUUGGUCUUUAUAUGAUGGGAAUUUAGGACUGAAGUACCAAAAAGAACUUUAUUUUUUUCUUCUGAGGCAAUUUUCUGACUUAGAAUUAGAAAGCAGUCCCAGGGUAAAAGUCCUCCAUGUAUAUGAAUUGGUGUUCCUGGAGAAAAAGAAACGCUCAAAUCUUUGUCACUUUAAAAUGUUACUGCCUUUAAUUAUGGGAGAAAAAUUUCUUGUAACAGAUUAUAUAAAACAAUCUUUCUGCUUAAAUGUUGGUGGUAUGUUUAUUGAUGAGACUAGGAGCUGUUGCACAGCUUUUUCACAAUACAGUGGUUUUAUUCUGGCACCAUUCUCACCCCUUUUCUGAGAGGUUUAGAAGCAAUAGAGCUAAUAUAUUAAUGUAAUCUUUAUCCCAAAGGGGGUUGUUUGGGGGAGGUAACUGUUCUUUUCUGAUACACCUUCAGUAAAGCAUGCUUGUAACCCAAAGAAUGAUUGAUUUGAUUGCUAAUAUAUUUAAAAUAUUUUAAAGCAAAUUUGCAGAUCCUAAAAAAAAAUCAUGUAUUAAUUAUGCCUUUGGAUGCUUUUUUCUUUUUCAUUUAUUAAUAUUUAGAAAAAUAUAGGAGGAUCUAGUGUUAAAUUAGAAACAAAAACACAAAAUUUCAUUUGUCAAGAGGGGUUUGCUACCUAGUUACUGUUACUGCUGGAGUUCCAUUAAAAGACAGGCUCACUUAUCUGAGCCAUGUGGUAAUAAAUCUCUAGCAAAUAAUGGAGGGUAUACAGAUCCCUAUAAAUCCUGUAGGGGUGCAAGAUUCACAGCUUUUAACACAUUCCUCUAUAGCACUUCAGAAGGUUAUCUCACACUUGAGGAUAAGUAGGUUAAAUAAAGCAAAGCCUUGUUAGCAGCCAGCUAUGCUCAUUCUCUGGUUAAUAACUUUCUCCAACAUACCCAUUUUCCUGCCUUGAGAUUCAGGUUCCUACUUCCAACAAUAUUACAAAUUACCACAAGCCAUCAACUUUGGCAUUACGACAAAUAUUAAAAUUUCAAAUAACUAUAGUCUGCUUGACCAUCAAGAUGAGAUUACCUUGAACCCUUAUGUUCAUUUUAAAGCUGAUCCAGAACCCAACAAAUAUUAUAUAAGCAUGGUUAAAUAUUUCUUCUUGCCCCUAAUAAAAAUGAACAUCUUUGGUCUUAGUAUUAAUUUUGUAUAUAUUUAGUUAUGAUGGUACUUACAGAUGAUCACAAUUUCAGUUCCAAACUUGGCUGUACUCUAUAGGUUAAAAUAUUUCAUGGUUAUAUUUCUGUUAAUAUAUCAUUUCUGUAUGAAGAAUCCACAAAUAGCUGCUCGCUUUUGCUGAAUCAGUUUAGAAGUUAAUUUACCAAUCUAGUCUCAACUGCAGUAUAUUUAAAAUAGGGAAACAAAUAUAGAUGAUGAUCUGGGGAUGUUUUGAGGUUACUGUUACUGCUCACUUAAAGAACAAUUUUAAAUAUUUCUCCUAAUGUAACCAAAAUUAUGUAUAUAUAACCAAUGCGGCAUGCAUAGAAAAGGAUUGCUAAUGAUUUAAAAUGCUGAUAGUAUUGUAGUGUAGCAGUAUGAGAAAAUGCCUGGCUAAAGAGGAUUUUUAAAAGAUGACUAAUAGUCUCGCUUACUUGAUAUUUAUUUUAUAGUCUUGUUGAGUUUAUGAGCAGCAUAAAAACAACCAUCCCUUAAUUUUUCGUUGUGAAACAGAAACAUUUCUAUAAAAUGCAUUUUUAAAUGGACUCUUGAACACAGUUAUAAUAGUUGAUCGGAUGUAGUAUUUCUAUAGUGGGAAUUGGGCUUUUCUUAUUACAUGAAAUCAUAGAACAUUUUCAGCACUUCCAUGUACUCUGUAUAAUGGGGUGGAGGGAUUCUUUUUUCUAUAAAGCUGACCUAUGUAGCAGUAUUUGAUAAUAUAUGGCAUGACCACUUUGUCAUAAAAUGUGUUUAAAUUGUAAACACUUUGGCCAUAGUAGAAACUAAGAAUUAAAACUCUCAAAUAAUGGAACAAAACUUAAUGGGCAGCAUCCUCUCUGUUUGGAAUGGGACCAGUAUACGAUUAAUAUAAUUUUAUACAUUCCCUAAGAUUCCAUUUUUAAAUUGCAUUUGAGUGUGUUUAUAAAAACUUAAGUCAGUGCUUUGAGCCUAAAAAAGUUUUUUUCACUACUAGUGGGUCCUUAAAGGCCCUGAUCAGGGAGAUGAAAUUUCAUAUACCUUACCAAGUUAUUUGUAAAAAAUCUUUUUGAACUGCUGUAAAACAUUUAAAAUCCAUGGCAGAUGCAUUGUUAAAAUUCAACCAUUUGAUAAUGAAAGCAGAAACCUUAAAAAGUUUUACCUAAUUCUUGCACUGAAUUUAAAUGAUAAUAUAAAGUUAAAUGUGCAUUUGAAACAGAUUUUAUUUCUCAUUUAUUGCUUAACAUAGGAGAACUGUGCUUAUUGUUAGAGAAUUGACCCGCAAGAUUUAUUUCAGAUGUCAGAGAGGUAAGAAAGUAGAAGCACCUUACUGUUGGAGCAUGUUGCAUUUAUUUAGUGCUACUGAGCAAUUCAGUAGUUAUUUCUGAACUUUGCUGCAAAGUGCUCUUUAAUUAAAGCACAUAAAGAAGAGUCUCUGCUUAAUUGCUUUGUAAAAUGAAGCAAUGGUAUUUUUUAUCCUAUAAAUAUAGUCUAAUUUAAAAGUUUUUCCUACAAAAUGAGUUUAUAUUGUUGCCUAAACUAUCACGUAUGUAAACAGAGGUUUUUUAAAGGUGAGAGAGAAUCUGGAUUUCCUUCCUCUCUCUCCCUCUUUUCUUCUCUCCCUCUCUCCCUACCCCCUCUCUGUGUGUGUGUAUGUUGCAAAUGUUUGUCCAUUGAGUUAUUUCAAAAUGUGCUCAUCCUAAAAUUUUCUGUUUUGCCCUCAGUAAAUGUACAACUUGAUAUUUGAUGAAUUUAAUUGAUUGAAUUCCAAAUUUAUAAAUGUUUCUCCCCUUCAGACAUAAUGUAUUAUGCCACUGUAAGGUGCAUGUACAGAAAAUACCUCUGAGGUUGACAUAUUAAAUAUUUUAUCAAUGUUGUUUCACACUGAAUCUCAAUCAGACCUUAAUUUUGAAGGUUAUGAAAAGUUUGGUUUGUUUUUAAGUCAGGUGUAACUGAGUGGCUUAAUUUGGGGAUUUAAAGCUGGCUAGGCACCACCGUGGAAAGUGAGAUUUAGGUGUUCACAGAAAGUAUGGGUUGUUGGUUAUACAGUUCAGUUUUAACAAAGGAAGUUUGGGGUUUUUUUAAUUUGCAUGUUCUAUGAUUAAAGAGUGUAACACGUUAUUCUGAGCUUUUCCCAAUACUAAUUAUAUUGGUUUUAAGAAGGCUCAAUCACAAGAUGGCAUUUUCCCUUCAUUUGUGAUCCAAGAGGGGUCAACAAUACAACCCAUACAGUGACUUCUGACUUUUCAAUUUGGACAGAAUCCCCAUUGUCUCAUUCAUUUCUCAUUGUACUGUAUGUCUUACCAAGUGUGAACGCAUAAUAUAUAGUUUAUGAAAAAUUGAAGGCUAGAGAUAAUUUUGCAUGAAACAAGCCCAUUAGGGCUAAUAAAACUGACAUGUUUUUUAGCCUUUCUGGUUAAAUGAAAAAUUUAAUGGCAAACCAAUUCACCAUUUAAUAGCUUUGUGCAAUAUUAUAAUGGUAGAAACAAAACACUAGCACAUUGUGCUUGGCUUUUAAGGAUAGCUAAACACCAUUACAUUAAAUGGACAAUGUGUACAAUGUAUUGUAAAUGCCAACUUUUGCAAAUUUACAAUACUUAAAUAUGCUCAAUUAACAUUCUAAAGUAUUAAAAGUACAAAGAAAAAACUAAGCAAGCAUUUAUAGCAAUACUAUGAAAUCUCCAAUAAUUGUUUUGACUGUUGCCUUUUGCUCUGUAGUGCAAAAUUUCUGCAUUGUAAUUAUUGUUUUGCUUUGUACUUCAUGUUUUUUACACUCAUGACUUCAGAGUUAAGUACUUGUACACCAAGUAUUGCAAUCACCUUUCUCUUCUUAUACAUGCAAUGUAACAACAUACAGUUUUGGUGCUUAACAAUAUUCCUUUUUUUUUCCUUAAUAAAAGAUAUUUAUUGAGUUAACCUGAUUUUGUUUGUUUUAAGUAGCAUUGAUGAUAGAUACUGUCACUUCAUUUCAAACAGAAGGAACAUAGCAAAUUGUGCAUUUGUUAAAACAUGUUGAACAGAAUUCAGAGACUAUCUACCCCUGUACUACUUCCUCUUCCCAACUACUAUUUAUAAUAAAAU